ACUCAAAGCUUCCUAAACAGCCGCCCGACUUCCGCGAGACUUGUCGCUUUACACUCUCGCGAGGGGGGACUCGGGAAUUCCCGUCCUCCCAGAAAAAAUGGCGGAUAGGCUAACGCAGCUUCAAGAUGCUGUCAAUUCGCUCGCUGAUCAGUUCUGCAACGCCAUCGGCGUUCUGCAGCAGUGUGCUCCCCCUGCCUCCUUCAGCAACAUCCAGACGGCCAUCAACAAGGACCAGCCCGCAAACCCCACUGAAGAAUAUGCUCAGCUGUUUGCAGCUCUGAUAGCCAGAACGGCCAAAGAUGUGGACGUACUGAUCGACUCUCUGCCCAGUGAAGAGUCCACGGCAGCUCUGCAGGCGGCCAGCCUCCGGCAGCUGGAGGAGGAGAACCAUGAAGCAGCGGCCCGUCUGGAGGAGGUGGUUUACCGCGGCGACAUGCUGCUGGAGAAGAUCCAGAACGCCCUGGCCGACAUCGCCCAGUCUCAGCUACGCACCCGCAACGGAGCCCUCAGUCAGCCGUCGCCAGCCGAGUCCUGACCCACAGCGCUCGCCCUGCUGUUAUGGACAUUUAUCAGCCGGUUAAUGUUUGCUUUUCAAAACCUGAAGAUCUCUGAACUGCCAAACGUGUGUCUGGGAGCAACAACAGCACUAGAUUCUCACUAUAUAGUUUAAGGUUCAGAUAAGAGCAUUAUUGUAAAAGUCUGGAUUUUCCAUUCAUAUUUUGAAGUCAUUUUUGAAUUGAAUGUUUUGUCUUAAGUUACCAAAAAUAAACGUUUUGGUUUAUGAUCCAACUAGAAAACAAAAAGA